GAAGACCCCUCUAAACUGCCCCGCAUAUGGAGGUUUUGAUAGAGCGGCGGUUGGAAGCCCGAGUUGUACAAAAGCCUCUUUUCUGUAUGUACUCUUUGGCACAAAAAGCCCCCGGCAUUCCUGCGGGGGCGGGGCGAGGCGAGGCAGCUUCUUCCGCCGGCGCGAGAAGGAGAUGGGGCUGCUCAGCAUCCUGAAGAAGAUGAAGCAGAAGGAGCGGGAGCUGCGGCUGCUGAUGCUGGGCCUGGACAAUGCCGGAAAGACUACGAUCCUGAAGAAGUUCAAUGGGGAUGAGAUCGACACCAUCUCGCCCACGCUGGGCUUCAACAUCAAGACCUUGGAGCACCGUGGGUUCAAGCUGAACAUCUGGGACGUUGGGGGCCAGAAAUCCCUGCGCUCCUACUGGCGGAACUAUUUUGAGAGCACCGAUGGGCUCAUCUGGGUGGUGGACAGCGCUGACCGCCAGCGCCUAGAUGACUGCAAGAGGGAACUCCAGAGCCUUCUGGUGGAGGAGCGCCUGGCAGGGGCCACCUUGCUCAUAUUUGCCAACAAGCAGGACCUGCCCGGCGCCCUGAGCUCCAGCGCCAUCCAGGAGGGUCUCGACCUCGACAGCAUCCACAGCCACCACUGGUGCAUUCAAGGCUGCAGUGCCUACACUGGGGAGAACCUGCUUGUGGGUAUCGAUUGGCUGCUGGACGAUAUCUCCAGCCGGAUAUUCACCGCGGACUGAGAGGAGGAAGGGGGAAACAGGCGCAAACACCUCCAGCUCACCUGCUUUGCGUGGCUUAAUAACUUGGAACUGUUUUCCCCUGCUGGGCGUUUUAAGGGCCUGUUUCUUUCCUGGGCGCAGCCCUCGGCGAGAAAGCUGCUCAGCUAUGUUGGUCAAGAGUGGGGCGCCCCACUCUUGCUUCUGUCCUAGGCCAUGAUCCAGGCCCCGCCUGCGGAAGGACAGUGAAGGUGUAUGUUUGGGGUAUCCCCAACACCCCAGUUCUCUGUACGGGAUCGUGUCAUAUUAAGAACAUGCCAAUAAAGCUGUUGUUGUGGCUCUCA